GGCAGCCGGAGCGCAGCCACUGGCGGAAAUUGAGGAUUGGCGAUACAUUGCUUUGGCAAACACUGCCCUGCUGUCUUCACUGAGAUCUCUAAGAACAAGCUCCCUGUACUCCUGUGCUUGGCUUUCUCUAGGCAGCCAGAUGAAGAUUGCUUCCUCUUGUUUCCACAGUUGGAUUGCUGAACCACCGCUCUCUGUUGGCUGAAUGUUCGUGACACCUUUUCCUGAAGCAAUUUAGAAGCUUGGAGCUUGUGUCAUGGAAGCUUUAGAAGUAGAUGACAUCAGCCCCGCCCUCGAGGUCACUGAGGACUUCUUUAGUACUUUUGACAGUAAGCUGGAAAAGGCUGUGCAACAAGCAGAGGUUUAUGGGAUCCAGGAAGUCCCUGAACUGGUGGGGCAUGAAGUACUUGGUAACAUAACAGACAAUGGUGCUUUAAGAACUGUUGCUUCCCUGGGCAAGGGGACAAUGAUUUGGGACCACUGUAAGAGCAGGCUACUAGAAACCAAACGUCAAAAUGUCUUCCCUGCCAAAGAACAUCUUAUGGUCCAGAGAGGGACAGCCCCAGAUAAUCUUUCCUGGAUGGAACAGAAGGAAGCGUCAACCUUUAACUUUUUCAACAUUUGUCAGCGUCGGAGGGACAGACCUCGUUCUGUGAAUGACUUAUUGGAUGAGACAACAACUUUCAAGCCAGGACAUGCUCGGUCAAGGUCUGAUGUUACCCAUGUAGACUGGCGGGUAGUCCUUAGCACCAUGCCUUUGCAGCAGCAGCAGCAGCAGCAGCAGCAGCAGCAGCAGCAGCAGCAGCAGCAGCAGCAGGUGUCCCUUCAAGGCCUUCACUUUCCCAGGCCGUCUUUUCUGUUGUCUUCACCCAAUAAGGUUGAAGAUGCUCAAGGAAAUACAGAACACAAGCAGACAUUCCCAAACAUACUGAAGAAGGGUUAUCUGGAGAUCAGGAAGAACCAUGACAGUUACUGGCAAAGCUGUUAUGCAGAACUUUCACCCUACAAUUUAAACUUCUACAGCCUUGAUAGCAGCGGCAAUCAAAACCUGUAUGCCACGUACCAGCUUUCCCACUUUCAGAGCAUAUCCGUUUUAGGCAAUCUUGAGGCCAGGAUGGUAGACACUGUUCUCUAUGACAAUUCUCAGCUGCAGCUAAAGGCAGAGUCCCCGUGGGAGGCAUUAGACUGGGGGCAGAAGCUCUGGGAAGUUGUGCAUGCUGUUGUGCCCAAUUAUAUGGGACGGCAGGAUGAGCUGGAAAACUCUCUAGGACUUGGUCCUCAUGUUGACUGUGCACAGAACCACUGUUUACAGAAGAAAUCCAGCGGGUUGCUGGCCUCUCCUGUCUUGGAUAGCCCCAAACAGUACCAAAACAUCCUCAAAUCAGGGACCCUCUACAGACUGACUGUCCAAAACAACUGGAAGGCCUUUACAUUUGUGCUGAGCAAGGCCUUUCUUAUGGCUUUCCACCCUGGCAGGCUGGACGAAGAUCCCCUGUUGAGCUACAAUGUGGAUGUGUGUCUGGCUGUGCAGAUAGACAACCUGGAUGGUUGUGACUCUUGCUUUCAAGUCAUUUUUCCCCAGGAUGUCCUCCGCCUCCGGGCUGAGACCCGACAGAGGGCUCAGGAAUGGAUGGAGGCUCUGAAGACAGCAGCCAACGCUGCAAGGAGUUCCGAGCAAAACCUGCAAGUCACACUAAGGAACAAACCCAAGGAUCAGCUCGGUGGCCAUGAGCUGCGGAAGAACAAACGGCAGUCCGUGACCACCAGCUUCCUGAGCAUCCUGACUACGCUGUCUUUGGAGCGAGGACUCACUGCUCAGAGUUUCAAAUGUGCAGGGUGCCAGCGAUCUAUUGGUCUCUCUAAUGGCCAGGCCAAGGUGUGCAAUUACAGUGGGUGGUACUACUGCAGCAGCUGCCACGUGGACGACAGCUUUCUCAUCCCAGCACGCAUAGUUCACAACUGGGACACCUCAAAAUACAAGGUGUCCAAACAGGCCAAGGAGUUUCUGGAGUACGUGUAUGAAGAGCCCCUGAUCGACAUCCAGCAGGAGAACCCCAUGCUAUACCUACAUGCGGAGCCGCUGGCCACCGUUGUACGGCUGCGACAGCGGUUGAAAUCACUCCGAGCCUAUUUGUUCAGCUGCCGGGCGGCAGUGGCGGAGGAUCUGCGACGCAGAAUUUUCCCCAGAGAAUACCUCCUUCAACAGAUCCACCUGUACUCUCUUGCUGACCUGCAGCAGGUGAUAGAGGGAAAGCUGGCUCCAUUCUUGGGCAAGGUCAUUAAAUUCGCCACCGCACACGUCUACAGCUGCAGUCUCUGUAGCCAGAAAGGGUUCAUCUGUGAGAUCUGUAACAAUGGCGAGAUCCUCUACCCGUUCGAGGACAUCUCAACAAGCAGAUGUGAAAGCUGUGGAGCUGUCUUCCAUUCUGAGUGCAAAGAAAAGUCUGUCCCCUGCCCACGGUGCGUCCGAAGAGAGCUGCAGAAGAAGCAGAAGUCCUUCUGGCGGCAGCUGAAUGUAGAUGAAAGCCUGGAGGAGGCGUGCACCAUGUUCGAGCUGUCCUACCAAAACACCUGACCGCAGGCCGGGCUGCACUCACCACAACUACCCACGAGGCUGCUCGUGCCAUGCACAUGAGGCUGCUCCUUCUUCAGCUAGAUGUAGAUAGAUAAGUUAUUUAUUUAUAUUAUAUACACCUAUACGUCCCGUACGUAUGCUUUGUAUAACUCAUUGUCCAAGAAGUCCACAAAGAUCCUGUGGCUAAACUCCUACAGAUAGCUGAGUUACACUUGGCCAUGAAAUUCAGCUGCUUGCUCCCAGCAAAUGUGAUUUAUACACAUUGCUCUGUAGUUCAAACCCCUUUAUGCACACUGGCUCUAAGGGCCAGUCUACUGCACAGGUAUUCGAGGAAAUAUCUCUCGCAGCAAAGCUUUGCAUUGUUACUGAGAUUUAGCCUUUGCUGGGGAAACUGAGGUAGGAGCCAUUGUCAUGUGCUUCACAAGGACAUCUCUAACACACAAGAAUGUUUCUGGAUACUUCCAGGCCCAGAGUCCUUGGCAGAGAUGGGAAGAGUGAAGCAGAGCCGCACAGCAGAAAGCCAGAGGCCCCUUCAACAGACAGCAUCAAGAGCAGAGCUACCUGGGUUUGAACUUAAUCCCUGAAAGGGAGGACCUCAGUGGCCAAUCACUGCAUGGCAUCCAUCUGUUGGCUGGUACAAAGCCCAGCCCUCCCUGAUGAGGAGACUCCGCGAUGCCUGCCAGAGAGUGCUCAUGGGUGCCCUAAGAACAGUUCCCAAGCAUGGCAUGGUGGACACUGGUCAUGUCUCAUGGUGCUGCCCAGGAGGAAAUGUCCCAGGACUGUGCUCAAGCAUAUCAGUGCAUCGUCUGCUAGGUAGAGUACACUGCACGAUCUUGGAGGACACAAUGCCUCCUUUCCAGAGUCCUCGUCGGCAGGGCCCACCUGUCACUUGAAUGUUUUACUUCUCCUUGUCCUUCACAGCACCUUUGACCUUUACUCGGUCCACAUAACUACUCUUGCUUUUGUAUUUUGGAUGUUUUGUUUGUUUGGGAUGGAAACAUAUUUUAAGACAGGGUCUUGCUGUAUAUCCCUGGCUGGCCUCAAACUUGUGAUCCUGCUGCCUCAUCCUCCAGAUGCUGGGAUUACAGGUGUUUACCACCAUACCUGGCUUUACUUGUUUCUAAUUAUUUAAAAAAAAAUAUUUAAAAGUAAAAAUUAUAUCAUUAUUAAAAGUUAUUAAGAAGUAACAUUUUGAAAAAUACAAACCUAAACUAUUAAGAAAAUGCCAAACAUAAAUAGAAUUAAUGAGUUAAUAUUAUUGAAAUAAAUAGAUAUAUACAUGUAUAAUUAUACCACCUUACAAUAACACAAAGAGUAGCUCCUGUGGUAGGAAUGCGAAGUGAAUCACUUUACUCUUUGGAAGGUAGUGUACUCCCACUGUGAUCUCCUUGUAAGAGCCUGUGUAGUUGUCACUGUGACCAAGAUGGCUGCUAGGGAGGCACUGAGACCCUGACGGCCAGCAUUCCUUCUUCCUUAACUCUUUCCAAGGCAGGAAAAUGUACUCACCAGGAAGUACUUGUUUGUCAUGGAGACAGUGUCACCCACUGUCACCCAUGCUUCUGUCCUUUCAGAUUUUCACUGCUGUUCAGAUCCGGGGGAAACACUGGCUCACAAAGAACACAGCGUUUCAACUCCAAGUUGCUCCCCAUAGGCACUACUCCUGAUGCUUCUGUCCAGUAGGAGACAUUCAGCUGACUUGUGCAGUUAGAGGCAAGCAUUUCACCUCUUGGCCCACACCAUUUCCUUUGGCCCCAGACCACAUGUGCGUUCAUUUCCUAGCUACCCAGAAGCUAUAUAGCCAAGUCAUGAAACUUGGUAAAAAGGCCAGGGCCCUAUUUACCAGACACCUCACGGUGCCUUUUAUAAACUCUUGGGAAGGCGGGUUGACACCACCUCACUGGAGUGAGUGGUAGGGAACGUUGUACAUAAAGGACAAGGAUGGGAAGUCUCAAACACUUGGCAAACCGGGCACACAGAUUUGAGUAUCUCUCUUCCUCCCAUUCAUGAAAUACAGUAUUUAUAUUUUCC